AUGCGACGAAGCGUCGCGUGUGCAGUGAAGAACCACGAGGAUGAUUGGAUGAAUGUUAGAUUGCAUGUUUAUAACUGCAUUAGAAGACACGAAGAGUUCUUCAAGGAUUAUUUCGGUGGUGGUAAUUCAGUGUAUCGGGUGUUGACGAGUGUCGCUUAUUGGGACAACGCCCCAGCACCAUAUGAGAAGUGGAUGACUAUCACGGACGUGGGCGUGGUUGUGGCAACAUAUUACAACGCGUUGGUCUUGUCGGCUAGCAGUUUGGGCAAUCAGACUUAUUUACCACUUUGGGCUUCCGAAGGUGUUUCACAGUUAUCUUACGAGAUGACUAUACUAUUUCUUGAACCAGGAAGCCACUUUGUGUAUGUGAAGAUGAAUGACAAUUGCCCGCUUCCUCCGAUUGAUAGACAGUGGGCGAGGUAUAGCAAUAAUAGUGUUGCAUAUCUACCAGAGGCGUUGCGGAGUGGACAUGAAGCGUGGGAUAUUCUAAAUAGUGUUUGA